AUUUCUAGGUAUUUAUCCGUAAACUUGUGCGUGCAUUGGGUAGAAAUGAUCCAGAUGCAGCUGAACGUCUCCGAAACAACAAACCUGUAUACAGAUUAGAUCACAUUGUUAAAGAAAGGUAUCCUACUUUUAUUGAUGCCAUAAGAGAUUUAGAUGAUCCGCUCACGAUGUGUUUCCUCUUUGCAACCUUCCCAAGAUCCAGAGCAGUGCAUGUGGAAUUGAUAGAACUGUGUAGACGACUGACAAUUGAGUUCAUGCAUUAUGUCAUUGUUGCAAGGGCUCUCAGAAAGGUUUUUAUUUCCAUCAAAGGUAUCUACUAUCAGGUUGAAAUUCAAGGUCAAAAGGUCACAUGGCUUGUGCCUCACCACUUUGCAUAUACUAAACCAAAAGAUGUAGACUUCAAAGUAAUGGCUACUUUUAUUGAAUUUUACAAUACAUUGUUAGGAUUCGUAAAUUUUAGGAUGUACCACUCAAUAAAUCUUCACUAUCCACCCAAGUUAACGAUAUCAGAAGGACUCGGUCAAGGCGAUUCUGCCUACUGUUUAGGCACUGAAGUUACAGAGCAGAGAUUAGCUGCUCUAUCACAGACCUUAGCAGCAGUUGCUAAGGAUACAGGAGAAGAUGAAGUACAGGGAGAUGAAUUUCCAGCAGGAGGAUCUGAUGAUCCAGAAAUGAUAGAAAAGGCUAAGGAAGAGGAAGAAAAAUUGAAGGCAUUGAAAAAUUUGUUUUCAAACUGUAAAUUUUUUCUAUCAAGGGAGGUCCCAAGAGAAUCUCUUACAUUUAUAAUCAGAUGUUUUGGUGGUUUGGUAUCUUGGGAUAAGAUAAUAUGUAUGGGAGCAACAUAUGAGGAAAAAGAUGAAAGCAUCACACAUCAAAUUGUUGACAGGCCGAAUCAAGAAAAGCAAUAUCUGUCAAGAUAUUACCUGCAGCCACAGUGGGUGUUUGACAGUGUCAACGCAGGCACAUUACUACCAGUGGAGGAUUAUUUUGUUGGUACUCUAUUGCCACCACAUCUCUCACCUUUUGUGGAAGAAAAAGAAGGAGAGUACGUACCACCAGAAAAACAAGCAUUGAGCGCAAAACACAAACAAGAUGAAGAACAGGAAGAAGAAGCAAUGAUGGAAGAUUCAGUAAAAGUGAAAAAGCCAAAAAAGAGGAAACGCAAGAUGAAGGUUGAAGCUGGAAAGGUUGAGUUGGAGGAUGAAAACCGAAUCAAAGAAAAUGAUCAGAAAGAAGAGAGGAAGCUAGCAGAGAUGAUGAUCCCAAAGAAGAGAAAACGCCUUUAUAAUAAAAUAAUGUAUAAAAAGAAAAUGGAAGCAAAAGAGGCUCGAAAAUUAGCUGAGAAAAGGAAACAGUAUGACCAGGAAGUCAGAUCACAAAAAAAGAAAUUGAAAGCUUGAGGAAAGCAUAUCUAUGAUUUAUAUGAACAGGAAUGCAAGGAUUAAUGCCAAAUCUGAGUGCAGUGAUGGUACUACAAAUGUCUUCUACUAAUUAAACUUGUCACUCGUUUCCCAGUCAUGUUAUGACUUUACAACAUACGACUCCCCAGCUUGUCAAUAAUACUAUCCAGACUUCAACAUUAUACGACUCCCUAGUUUGUUGGCAUUACUUCUUAGUCAUCUGCAGCAUACAACAUCCCAGCAUGACAACAAGGGUGACAUGUAUUGCUUUUUAUAAUUUUCUCCAUUUUUCUUCUGUUAGAGUCAAUUUGUGUUCAGGUUUCUUUCUGCUUUUUUUAAUCAAAUGUGUUCAUAGAUGAUUGAUAUCAACAUUCAUUUUGGAAAGAAAUCUCAAUAAAAUAAA